GAGCCUCGGAGCACCUGCGAGUUCCUGGAAGUUCUGCCCGACUCUAGUCCGGCCGUACCGACCCGCACCGGCCCGCCAUGGGCCCUCCGUGCCGCAGCCUCUCCACGCCCCUGCUGCUGCUGCUGCUGCUGCUGCAGGUCUCAUCGCGGCUCUGCCAGGAGCCGGAGCCCUGUCGCCCCGGCUUUGGCGCCGAGAGCUACACGUUCCCGGUGCCCCGGCGGCACUUGGAGAGAGGCCGGGUCCUGGGCCGAGUGAGUUUUGAAGGAUGCACCGGCCAACCAAGGACCAUCUAUGUUUCUGAUGACACCAGAUUCAGAGUGGGCACGGAUGGGGUGCUUAUGGUCAAACGGCCUUUACAGCUGCAUAAUCCAGAGAUGAGUUUUCUUGUUCACGCCUGGGACUCCGCCCGCAAGAAGCUCUCCACCAAAGUGACACUGAAGGCAGCAGUGCACGACCACCGCCAGCACCACCACCACCACCACCACCAGCACCACCACCAUCAUGACUCUCUCCCUGAAGCCCGAAUGGAAGUGCUCACAUUUCCCGACUCCCACCAUGGUCUCAGAAGACAGAGGAGAGACUGGUUUAUCCCUCCCAUCAGCUGCCAAGAAAAUGACAAAGGGCCAUUUCCUAAGCAUCUGGCUCAGAUCAAGUCUAGCAGAGACAAAGAGACACAGGUUUUCUACAGCAUCACUGGCCAAGGAGCUGAUGCACCCCCCGUCGGUGUGUUUAUUAUUGAAAGAGAGACAGGAUGGCUAAAGGUGACGCAGCCUCUGGAUAGAGAAGCAAUUGCCAAGUACAUACUCUUCUCUCACGCUGUGUCUUCCAACGGGGAUGCCAUUGAGGAUCCGAUGGAGAUUGUGAUCACGGUGAGAGAUCAGAAUGACAACAGGCCCGAGUUCACCCAGGCGGUCUUUGAGGGGUCUGUCGUGGAAGGUGCUCUCCCAGGAACCUCCGUGAUGCAGGUCACAGCCACAGACGCGGACGACGAAGUGAACACCUACAACGCUGCCAUCGCUUACAGGAUCAUCAGCCAAGAGCCUAGACAGCCUCAUGCUCAUAUGUUCACCAUCAACAGGGACACAGGAGUCAUCAGUGUGCUCACUACCGGGCUGGACCAUGAGAAGUUUCCCAACUACACCCUGGUGGUUGAAGCUGCUGACCUUCAAGGUGAAGGCUUAAGCACAACUGCAAAAGCUGUGAUCACAAUCCUUGAGACAAGCCCUCCAGAAUCUGAGCCAACCAAGGAAUCUCUCCCUGAAACCCAGACGGAAGUGCCCACAUUUCCUUUCUGCCACCGUGGUCUCAGAAGACAGAAGAGAGACUGGGUUAUCCCUCCCAUCAGCUGCACAGAAAAUGAGAAAGGCCCGUUUCCUAAGAAUCUGGUCCAGAUCAAGUCUAGCAGAGACAAAGAGACACAGGUUUUCUACAGCAUCACUGGCCAAGGAGCUGAUGCACCUCCCAUCAGUGUGUUUAUUAUUGAAAGAGAGACAGGAUGGCUAAAGGUGACGCAGCCUCUGGAUAGAGAAGCAAUUGCCCAAUACAUACUCUGCUCUCACGCUGUGUCUUCCAACGGGGAUGCCAUUGAGGAUCCGAUGGAGAUUGUGAUCACAGUGAGAGAUCAGAAUGACAACAGGCCCGAGUUCACCCAGGCGGUCUUUGAGGGGUCUGUCGAUGAAGGUGCUCUCCCAGGAACCUCCGUGAUGCAGGUCACAGCCACAGACGCGGACGACGAAGUGAACACCUACAACGCUGCCAUCGCUUACAGGAUCAUCAGCCAAGAGCCUAGACAGCCUCAUGCUCAUAUGUUCACCAUCAACAGGGACACAGGAGUCAUCAGUGUGCUCACUACCGGGCUGGACCAUGAGAAGUUUCCCAACUACACCCUGGUGCUUGAAGCUGCUGACCUUCAAGGUGAAGGCUUAAGCACAACUGCAAAAGCUGUGAUCACGGUCCUUGAGACAAGCCCUCCAGAAUCUGAGCCAACCAAGGAAUCUCUCCCUGAAACCCAGACGGAAGUGCCCACAUUUCCUGUCUGCCACCGUGGUCUCAGAAGACAGAAGAGAGACUGGGUUAUCCCUCCCAUCAGCUGCACAGAAAAUGACAAAGGCCCGUUUCCUAAGAAUCUGGUCCAGAUCAAGUCUAGCAGAGACAAAGAGACACAGGUUUUCUACAGCAUCACUGGCAAAGGAGCUGAUGCACCCCCCGUCGGUGUGUUUAUUAUUGAAAGAGAGACAGGAUGGCUAAAGGUGACGCAGCCUCUGGAUAGAGAAGCAAUUGCCCAAUACAUACUCUGCUCUCACGCUGUGUCUUCCAACGGGGAUGCCAUUGAGGAUCCGAUGGAGAUUGUGAUCACGGUGAGAGAUCAGAAUGACAACAGGCCCGAGUUCACCCAGGCGGUCUUUGAGGGGUCUGUCGAUGAAGGUGCUCUCCCAGGAACCUCCGUGAUGCAGGUCACAGCCACAGACGCGGACGACGAAGUGAACACCUACAACGCUGCCAUCGCUUACAGGAUCAUCAGCCAAGAGCCUAGACAGCCUCAUGCUCAUAUGUUCACCAUCAACAGGGACACAGGAGUCAUCAGUGUGCUCACUACCGGGCUGGACCAUGAGAAGUUUCCCAACUACACCCUGGUGGUUGAAGCUGCUGACCUUCAAGGUGAAGGCUUAAGCACAACUGCAAAAGCUGUGAUCACAAUCCUUUACAUCAACCCUCCAGAAUUUGAGCCAACCAAGGACUCUCUCCCUGAAGCCCGAAUGGAAGUGCUCACAUUUCCCGACUCCCACCAUGGUCUCAGAAGACAGAAGAGAGACUGGGUUAUCCCUCCCAUCAGCUGCCCAGAAAAUGAGAAAGGCCCGUUUCCUAAAAAUCUGGUCCAGAUCAAGUCUAACAGAGACAAAGAGACACAGGUUUUCUACAGCAUCACUGGCCAAGGAGCUGAUGCACCCCCCGUCGGUGUGUUUAUUAUUGAAAGAGAGACAGGAUGGCUAAAGGUGACGCAGCCUCUGGACAGAGAAGCAAUUGCCAAGUACAUACUCUUCUCUCACGCUGUGUCUUCCAAUGGGAAUGCCAUUGAGGAUCCGAUGGAGAUUGUGAUCACGGUGACAGAUCAGAAUGACAACAGGCCCGAGUUCAUCCAGGCGGUCUUUGAGGGGUCUGUCGAUGAAGGUGCUCUCCCAGGAACCUCCGUGAUGCAGGUCUCAGCCACAGACGCAGACGACGAAGUGAACACCUACAACGCUGCCAUUGCUUACAAGAUCAUCAGCCAAGAGCCUAAAGAGCCUCAUGAGCAAAUGUUCACCAUCAACAGGGACACAGGAGUCAUCAGUGUGCUCACUACCGGGCUGGACCGUGAGAAGUUUCCCAACUACUCUCUGGUGAUUGAAGCUGCUGACCUUCAAGGUGAAGGCUUAAGCACAACUGCAAAAGCUGUGAUCACGGUCCUUGACAUCAACGACAACCCUCCUGAAUUUGACCCAACCACGUACCAGGGGCAGGUUUAUGAGAACGAGGCUGAUGCCGUAAUCGCUACGCUCAAAGUGACUGAUGCCGACCUCCCCAGAACCCCGGCGUGGGAGGCCGUGUACACUGUAUUAAAUGGCAAGGACCAAUUUGUUGUCGACACAGACCCAGUAACCAACGAUGGCAUUUUGAAAACGGCUAAGGGCUUAGAUUUUGAGGCCAAGCAGCAGUACAUUCUCUACGUGACAGUGAAGAAUUCGAUCCCCUUUGAGGUUGCUCUGUCUACUUCCACAGCCACCGUCACCGUGGAUGUGAUGGAUGUGAACGAAGCCCCCAUCUUCAUGCCUCCCCAAAAGAGACUGGAGGUGUCCGAAGACUUUCCAGUGGGACAGGAAAUCACAUCUUACACCGCCCAGGAUCCGGACACGUUCAUGGACCAGAAGAUAACGUAUCGGAUUUGGCGGGAUGCUGCCAACUGGCUGGAGAUUAAUCCGGACACCGGUGCCAUUUCCACUCGGGCUGAGAUGGACAGAGAGGACUUGGAGCACGUGAAGAACAACACAUACACGGCCCUCAUUAUAGCUAUUGACAAUGGUUCUCCACCUGCUACUGGAACGGGAACCCUUCUCCUGGUCCUCUCCGAUGUGAAUGACAAUGCCCCUGUACCAGAACCUCGAACUUUGGAAUUCUGCCAGAGGGAUCCGCAGCCUCAUGUCAUCAACAUCAUUGAUCCAGAUCUUCCCCCCAACACGUCGCCUUACACAGCAGAACUUACACACGGGGCCAGUGUCAACUGGACCAUUGAGUACAAUGACGCAGGACGUGAAUCUCUCACUUUGAAGCCAAAGAAAACCUUAGAGUUGGGCGACUACAAAAUAAACCUCAGGCUCGAAGAUAACCAGAACAAAGACCAGGUGACCACCUUAGAAGUUUAUGUGUGUGACUGCGAAGGGGCCGUCAGCAGCUGUAAGAGGAACGCAGCCAUUGUCGAAGGUGGAUUGCAGCUUCCUGCCAUCCUGGGGAUUCUCGGAGGCAUCCUUGCUUUGCUAAUCCUGAUUCUGCUGCUUCUGCUGUUUGUCCGGAGGAAACGGGUGGUCAAAGAGCCCUUACUGCCCCCGGAAGAUGACACCCGGGACAACGUGUAUUACUACGAUGAAGAAGGAGGUGGAGAAGAGGACCAGGACUUUGACCUGAGCCAGUUGCACAGGGGCCUGGAUGCUCGGCCGGAAGUGACUCGCAACGACGUGGCUCCAACCCUCCUGAGUGUGCCCCAGUACCGGCCCCGCCCUGCCAAUCCUGACGAAAUUGGGAACUUCAUUGAUGAAAAUUUGAAGGCGGCCGAUAGCGACCCCACGGCUCCCCCUUACGACUCUCUGCUCGUGUUUGAUUAUGAAGGAAGUGGUUCCGAAGCUGCUAGUCUGAGCUCCCUGAACUCCUCGGAGUCAGACCGAGACCAGGACUAUGACUACCUGAAUGAAUGGGGCAAUCGCUUCAAGAAGCUGGCAGAUAUGUAUGGAGGUGGCGUGGAUGAUUAGGGGACUCCAGGCAGAUGAGGAGAGAGAUGGGUCCCUAUACUCGUGUGCUGGGAAAUGUAGGAAUAAUUUUUCUGGAGGUCUUUCAGCUCCCCUUAUGUGAGGUGAAUAUCUGGGGAAGAGAGAUUGAUCAGUGAUGCCGUUAGGAUAGUUAUAAUUUCCACUUUGUAGAUCUAAUCUGUGUGUUAGAAAGAUUUUGACUUACUCCUUGAGUCUUUUCUUUCUCUUGUCACUCUUUACAAGCUUGCAGAUUUUUUAAAGGGUGUUGUCUCAUUUUUAAAAGGAAGGGGAGGGGUUGAAUGCCCUAUUGUUUUGUAAAUACAUAAAAUUUAAUUUUUAAUUUUUUUAUCCUAUCACUGCAUGGGUGUCCCAUGUUCCAGUCUCCACUCUCACUCCUCAAUUUACUUUACCCCAGACAGGACUUCUGGGAGGCAGAAACUAUUGGGCCCUUUUAGGGUAAGAGGCUGUGUCUUAGUCUGGCCAUAUUGUGACUGGGUAUUGUAUACUCUUAAAACCCUUUUUUUUCAUCUCCUAAGUGUGUAACUUGAAAUGGACAUCUACCCAUUAACUUGUUCUGAGUCAGCAUGUUUGUUAUGUGAAUGUCCUUAUGGGGUGCUUUGGUUCUAAACAAGGAGCCUUGAUCAGAAUCAGCGAUGAGUUUUCAGGUGCCACUUAACUUUUAAUGUUUAUCACAAAAACGUAAAAAAGACUGAUGUAUUUCGAGACUCGGAUCAGUGCCGAAAGUGUUGCAGCCAAAGAGAGAAGAUGGCUUUUCACAGCUGAUGGAACACAUGAAGAGUGGGCUUGGAGAUGGCAGGAGAAAUUGUCGCUGAGCCUGGCAAUUUAGCAAACUGAGGCUGAGAAUGGUUGAGAUGGCUUUACCUCUGGCCCUGAAAAUUCUGGAAAAAAAUGGAAGACUCUCAACAUGUGUUUCCUACCCGGAUCGCAAGACCAUGGUCCAUAGAAUCCCCAAGUGCUUGCUUCUGUUGAUGUCCACAGGAAGUACUGGCUGAUCUGGACACAUUUGCCCCCACAUCUGAGAAAACAUAAUAUUAGGAACUCCAGUUUUUUCUUGGGGGUAAGGAGAACCUCGAUUUGGAUAUUCUUUUCAUAGAGAUGCAACUAUCAAAAACUUUUGACAACCACAGAAAAUUGCUUACUGUCCAUCAACUGUUUUUCGAAGGAAAAAAAAAUCCCUGCAACCACUUCUUGGAAUUGUCUUGAUUUUUUAAGCAAUUUAAACUCCAAAGUAGUUCUGUAUAGACAGUCACUAUAGUUUUGAGUGGAUAUGUGUGCGGGUGCUGAUAAUUUCUAUUUUCUUUGGGGAUGGAAAAACAAUUCAAGCUGAUAAAAUGUAUUCCUAAAUAUUCAUUUUUAUAAAUUUUAUUAAAGAAUUUUGUUAAAUCAU